ACUGAAGUCCAAGGAUGGAGCUAAUUUUAAUUUAAAAUAACUAACUGUGCUGAAGGUAAGGUGGAGAUGUAAUGAAUACAAAAUGUGAAAGGCAGCAAUGACAAUGUUCUUUUGACGAGCAGCAACGUAAACGUUACUUGAUCCUCUCAAGAUGGAAGCAGAUGAUGAUCUUGUUAAAAGGGACUCGUCUGAAUCAAUAAGGCUGCUGCUGAGCUAUGAGAGUAAUGCAAUCAGAUACACAGAUAAUGUCUUUUUCUGUAUCAUGCAACUUAUUCGGGACACACUCUCGCAAGAAAAGAUAGUAGAAAAUGAUGAUUCAUAUGAUGUUGCCUUGAGAUGUUUGCUUAAGGUAUUUCAGGACCUGCCAUUAUCAGACCAUAUGAACAUUUUGCCAGAUAUUGUUGGUUUACUAAAGCAAAGGGUAACUGAAUGUAAUGUGCUUAAAAAAGUCAAGAUUUGUGAAAAAAUUACUGAGGUGAUCAAAAGCAGCAAGCUCAGGGGAAAGUACAGCAAAUGGACAGAAAUAAUUGUUGGAAAUUGUGUACAAGACAAAGUUGACAUUUUUCAAGGGAUUAAAGACUUUAUGGAAACAAAGAUUAAUGAUGACUAUGCCGGGAACCAGCGAGCUAAAGUCUGCCUUGAUUUGAUCACGCUCAUUGUUAAAGAAGGUAGUAUGUAUAAAACCGUAUUUUUGGACAAGUUUGGUGAAGACUCUUUGGCUAUAUAUUUGAAACGUCAGGAAAAAAUAUCACACGAAGUUGUUGAUUCUUUGUUUCAGCUGCUUGUCAAUGGAAACUGGAUACCUGACAAUUAUUGCAAUGUCAUUGCAAACGGGGAAGUUGCAAAUGUUCUGAUAGAUAUUUUACCCUGCCUAUCAUCAGACUUGCAAAGACAUGUCUGCGAAACUCUGCGAGUCAUCUGUGCAGUUGUUGCCCAUAACAGAAUCAUUGCAUGUCAAUAUGAUCUUAUUGGCAACAUAAUAAAACUGUUGAAAAACGGAGAAAACCUGCAGAAACAAACUCUCAGUUGUCUCAUAAGUCUGCUUGAAAUUCUUGGCAGCCUUUCCAUCAAACCAGAUCAAUUGAAAGUACUCAUUGGGCUUUUUAAAAGCAACGAAGAAACGGGACAAGUUUCUUACAAUGAUCGACUUUUGCAAGCGCUGGAACGUAUGGCGUCUCAAGUUGAUGCCAGACAACCAAGGCAUUUCAUCGACUUUUAUGACCCAACUGAUAUUUUCGCUCUUUCAGCACCUUCAUUCCUUAAAUGGAACGGCAGAGGAAUUACUUUCCACACUUGGCUAUGUCUCGAUUUCAGCCUUCCAACACCAAAGACACGCCAGUUCAAAGUGAGGCAUAUGCUAUACAGCUUUCUAAGUUCAACUGGUGAAGGUUUUGAAGCCUUCUUCACCGAAAAGGGAUAUCUCAUCAUUGCUGUUUGUACAAAGAAGGAUUACUUUGCCUCAUCAGUUACAGAACUGCCGUUUGGAGACCAAGAAUGGCAUUCUCUGGCCAUUGUCCACACAAAGAAAUCUUUUGGAAGAAGUUUUGUGACUGUUUAUGUUGACGGGCAACACUUUCACCAGGCUUUGAUGAAAUACCCUGUCACUGAUGAUCUGGUUUACUCUACCAUCGGCUACGGUGUUCGUUUUAAUCCGAACUUUUACUACAAUAUGCACCCUUCACCUGUCCCGAUCAAACAAGUAGUUACGUCAGAAUACCCAGGAUGCACCGCUGCUGGUCAACAAAACAGAGUUUGGGGAGAGGUUUCAAGCCUAAAAGGACAAAUAAGCUCGGUCUAUCUGUUUAAUGAGUCUUUAAGCCAGGCCACAAUUGCUGAUGUGUACUUUGCAGGACCGAACAGCUGGAGCAAUAAAAAAUUUUCUGAUGGUUUCGAUACUCUGAAUUUUGAAUUGACCAAGCAGCUUGUUUUGCAUUUUGACGCAAAGGCAGCAUCUGGGGACACUUGCUUGGAUCUUAGCCCCCCAUCAAACUUCAAAAGUAAAUGUUCUCAAAACUUAUCGGCUCGAGUAUGUUCUGCAUGGGAUAUUAAGAGCUCAAUACAAUGCAUCGGUGGGCUGCCAGUUCUUUUUCCUUUGCUGGAGCAAGUGAAAUACUCGGAAACGCCAGCAGAAAAAUUGUCAAGGGACAUAAAUCUGCCAAUGAUAAAAGGUCCCGAAUCACUUUAUGCAAGAUCUAUAUCCCUCGUUAAAGAGACCCCUUCGCAGGAUAUUGCAAACGACAUCACUCCUACAGAGCCAAUGUCUUUUAAUCAUUUUGGUGAGACAAUCAGUGAGGGAGAUCCAGAAGAAAAUACUUCGGGAAAUGAAACUGAAUUGACUUCUCAUGACAAGAAAACAAUGCUCACUACAGCGCACCAUGAAGAGGCUCCUCGGCACAGUUCUGUUGCCAAAGAAGAGGCAUUGCCUAUACUUCCAAAAUCAGCUGAUCGUAGACAAAGAGAAGGUCAAGGUGCAUCAACUGGAAGCUUCCUUCUCAUUGAUUCACCGGAGCUACCAAAAUCAAACAUAACUAAAAGAGAAAGUACAGAGGAAUGGAUCCUUAUAGACAAGUCAACUGCUCGUACAAGAAAUGUAACUUUUUCAAAGUGGACUAGGGAUGAUGAUAACUACUACUUAAAUGGAGCCGCUUAUUUCAUCUCACUUUUACGCAAUAUGCUUCUUGACCAAAAAACUGCACAAGAUUUCUUUCUGCAGUCUAAAGGCGUGCAGAUCAUGGGCCUUGUGCUGCAGAAAUGUGACCCAAGAAUCAUCAAUGUUGGCUUCUUGAUGUCUGUUCAGGCUCUUGUGGAAAGUUUCUCUCGAGACAGAGACGACUUGCUUAAAGCCAUCUACCAGCACAUUUUGUUCGACUUCAGGAUCUGGACAGACUCAGACAUAUCAGUACGAAUUGCGCAUGUGCAGCUACUAUCAACUUACGUUAAGGACAGCCCUGAGUAUUUCAGUGAAAGUUUUGGUGUGAGGUUUAUCAUGCAGAUCGUCAAUACUCAUUACAACGGAAAUCAGAGGCACAUCAGGAGAGAGAAUGGAAUCGGACUGGGUAGUGAAGACCGCAAAUGCGUACGCAUGGCUCUUCUAGGGUUGGUGUCCUUUUAUCUAAAAUCUUUUAAACGUGCAGCCGAUGUCUCAGCUUUGGUUAAUUAUAUAGCAACUUUGCAAGAUUUGGAACUGCUGAGUGAGAUUGUAGAGAUAGUAAAACAUAUGUUAGAGACAGCUGGUGAAAACCAAGGGGACCUCAUGAAAUCAGUUGCAGAUUCUGAUUUGCCGAUCAUUUACACCCGGUGGCUUGUUCAUGAUGUGAAGAAGAAAAUAAGACUGGACAUCCUCAAAACACUGUGGCUUCUGCUUUCAUCUACAAAAGUGCAUACCGCCGUUAAAUCGAAGAUUCGCUUGAAGAAUGUUGGUUAUGAUUCAGUCUGCACUUUGUUAUCAAAGCAAGCAGUCACCCAUGAUGUCGUCAUUUCGCUGCUGAGUCUUGCCCAGUCUUCUGAGCAAACCAGUCUCAACGGCGUGGAUAUAUUCGUGCAUUUUGACAUAAUUCUCGCUGUUUUGUCCCUCAUCAGGACACUUUCUCCACAUAUUAAACUGGAAGUCGCACUAAAGGUGCGACACUCACUGAAAUGCUAUCCACAAAGUGCCAAGAAAUGUGCACAGAUUGCUGCUUGGUAUGUUCCGUUUCUCGAAUUGAUUGUGAUUCAUCCGGAUAGCGAGUUGUCAUCUGAGCAUGAUCAAAUUCAAGAUGAACUGGUAGAAGUGGUCUUAGAGAUAAUACACUUGUCGAUGUGGAAAGGCAUAGAUGGAUCUGAUCCUGGAGUUUGGAAGGAAAGAGGCCAGCCUCUUGCUGCUUUACAUCAGAUGGCUGCAAGGAACGAGUUCAUUUUGCCAGUAUUGGUAAUUGAAAAGAAACUGCUGAAGAAAUGCAUUAAUGCUUGUUCUGUUGCUUUGAAAGAAUCGGUUCAGCCUUGGGCUGUUGAUACAAUGAAUGCAAUUCAAAUUGUUAAACUCGUCGAAGAUUUCCUCCUUAGUACUGAAUUCAGUGAAACGUCAAAUGAAGUCUGGAAAAAGAAAUGGGAUAUAGAGAUACUUAACUCCUUGCACGACCUCUUGGAUGCGAUGAAUGCCUGGGAAGACAGCACCGAGGCUGGCUCUGAAUGGACGGAUGUUCUACAAACCGUGGAGAAAAUUCUGUUUGAAUGCGGCAUUGCUGAAGACGCACUUUUUAUAUCCUAUGCAGCUGAGAAGCUUCGCAAUAUGCUAUCUAGGCGCAGAAUUACAAGCAGAGACGAGGCCUGUUACGAAGUGGGCUGCCUCAACCGUCUUUAUAAAGAGCUGAUAUCUAGAGAUGACAGCUCCAGUGGAAAGUUCUUACCUGUUUUCCGGGUUUGCUUCGAAAGAUUCCAUGACGUACUCAAUAGUGACAAUCUGCUCCCAAAUUUGCCAUCAUUAGACAGAUCAACUCGUGAAUUUGAAGCGAAAUUCCCUGAUUAUUUCACCAGCGACGAGUAUUGCUCUUUUGCCAAUCAGACAGCACGGGUAACAAAAAGAUACAAAGAAACAAGCCUCUCGACAAAUUCAAUCGAUAUUGGGAGAUUCUGGAUGGACUGCCUAUCUGCCAUGGAUGCCGCAAUAAAAACAAGGAGUCACAGUGUUGAAGAAUCGUUGCAGAACUUCUCGCGUUCAGUUUACGCUGUCUUUGAAGAAACGCGAAUCGCCGCGCGUGCUUCACAGGUCGAUGCGGAAAAUUUUCUCAAACAUAACUUAUCGAUGACAAACCGAUUAUGGGAGGACAGGAAAAAGUUUCUAACGAGUGAAAGAGGUGCAUGGACCGAAAGAAAAAUUGAGAAGGCGUUCUGGAAAUUGUCUUCAACAGAGAACUCCUCUCGCAUGCGUCUGAAGUUGGUAAGAAAUUUCAAUGGCUCUGAACACAAUGACGCAAGUCGAUUGCGAGAUCAGGAUACGGAGUAUGCUGUUACACCACAAGAGAUAAUGGAAAUUAAUAUUCCUGUAUCAUUGCAAGAGCAAGUUGGAAAUGAACUCGUGCUUAGCGGCGAAGAAGAGCCUGACGAGACGGAUGCAGCUGCUGAUCCAGUGGAACCUACUGAGCAUAUGUAUGAUCUGAAUCCAUUGGAAGAGUCUGUUGGGAAAGUCGUCUUGUCCGUAAACUGUCACCUCAUAACGCUUAUGGACGUAGUUCCUGGAAGAAUAGAACUGUCUUUAACCCAUAUCAGCUUCUUCGACGAAUCAAAUGACUCCGUUUUUGGUUCCGCUUGCGACUUCUGGUUUCAACUUGAAAAGCUUCAGGAAAUGCAUAUGAGACGAUAUAAUCUACGCAAAACUGGACUGGAGUUUUUCCUCAUUGACAGAUCGAGUUAUCUGAUUAAUUUUGCAAGCAAUAAGGAACGCGAUAACUUCUUCAAGAAGACAACAAGUGUUCGCCCCCCAAACCUAUAUUACAGUGGUAUCAAAUCACCACAAAGACUCCUUCGAGUUUCGCAUUUGACGCAACGAUGGGUGAAGAGGGAGAUAACCAAUUUUGAUUACUUAAUGCAGUUAAAUACGAUUGCAGGAAGAACGUAUAACGAUUUGGCGCAGUAUCCGAUCUUCCCAUGGGUGAUUACAGAUUAUGAAUCCAACGAGCUUGAUCUACAGAAUCCUUCAGUCUUCCGUGAUUUGUCACGUCCAAUCGGUGCCCUGAAUCCAGAUCGGCUUGAAGGAUUAGAAAUAAGGUACAAGGACCUAGUGGAUCCGAGUGGCUUCCAACUUCCUUGUCAUUAUUUAACCCACUACUCAAAUGCUGCCAUCGUGCUCCAUUAUCUGCUUCGUGUUGAGCCGUUCACAAGUCUACAUAUAAAACUGCAGGGAGGAAGAUUUGACUGUCCAGACCGGCAGUUUUACUCAAUUGCCAAAUCAUGGAAUGGCAUAAUGAAUGGCGCUGGUGAUGUCCGAGAACUCAUUCCGGAAUUCUUCUGUUUUCCAGAUUUUCUAUCUAACAUCAAUAAGCUUGAUCUUGGAAAUUUGCAGGCCGGCAAAAAGAUAGAUGACGUUCUUCUCCCUCCCUGGGCCUCAUCACCUGAUGAAUUCAUCUAUAAGCAAAGACUUGCUUUAGAAUCAGAACACGUGUCAAUGAACCUGCAUCACUGGAUUGACUUGAUCUUUGGUUAUAAACAGAGAGGGGAUGAAGCUGUCAAAGCAUAUAAUGUUUUUCAUCAUUAUUCUUACGAAGGAAGUGUAGACUUGGAUGUUAUCGAUGAUCCUUUCGAGCGCAAAGCAGUCGAAGGAAUAAUCAACAACUUUGGACAGACUCCCUGCCAACUGUUGAAUAAGCCCCACCCAGUGCGAAGAUCAGUCGAAGAGCUAAAGCAACAAGCAAGUAAACAAAAGCAUGUGCUUGAAGAUCUCAACAGUGCUAAUUUCUCUCUGAUUAAGGUCAACACCAAUGGGCCUCCACUAAUCUUCCUUGGUACCCAGAAAACACGCCAGCGUUCCUUGUUGCAUCAUGGGAUGCCUGACCCACUUAUUACUGUUGAUAAGAAUUCGGUUAUUGGGUUUCAUGGAUGGCUGCCGUAUUCAGAAGACAAAAGUGGCUCUUUCUCGUUUGCCCUCGAUCCAAAUUUAAACCAAAAGUCAUCCAGAGCGAGAAAUUCUCUGAAUAGACAUCAAAGCACAUGGUCCCCCGAUGUUCCAAGGACGUCUCAGCUGUUUGCCUUUACGCCGGAUGGAAAACUGUUAAUUUGCUGUGGAUUUUGGGAUGAUUCUAUUCGUGUGCUGAAUGGAAAGGGGAAACUGCUUAGUGUCAUAUAUCAACAUUUAGAUGUAGUAUCCUGCGUAUCAUUGGACCCGUCCGGACACUAUUUCAUUUCAGGGUCUUAUGACGCAAGGUGCAUGGUAUGGCGUAUACAACAUCACGCUGGCCUAGCCACAGAAGUAUUAGGACAGCCGUUGCAAACUUUAUACGGUCAUGACAAUGCUGUCAAUACAGUUGGCAUGAUAUGGGAGCUUGACAUGGCGGUCAGUGGGUCAAAGGAUGGCAGUUGCAUCAUUCACACAAUCAAAAAAGGACAGUUCGUCAUGACGUUGCGCCCAGACCCUCUUCUUUUGGACAGCAAUAUAUGUAAAGUUUGCCUCACUAAAUACGGAAAGGUGAUGGUGUACAGUACUCACAAUUACAAAGACGGGGUUGAUUAUGUAUUGUCCACGUAUACUGUAAAUGGAAACUUGAUAGCUAAAAUGCAGUUAAACGAAGCCAUAUUGGAUAUGAUUGUUGUGGAGGAGCAUCUUAUAUCAGGGGGCGUACGAGGGUCUCUUGUUGUUAGAGAUGUUCACAAGUUGGAGGUGCCAAUUAUAGCUAAAAACUUGCAGUACCCAAUACACUGUGUAUCUGCUACACCAGACUGUACUCAUAUUUUCGCGUGCAGAGAGGACGGUAAUGUAAUCGUUGUUGGUUCGUAGUUUCUUAGAGAAUUCAAUCAAUAUUUUGGGUAUAAUUGUAUAAUAUCUAAUAUCUGGGCGAUGUGAAUUUUCAUUUUUGUAUUUAACUUUGGCAAUAUUAAAAGUUGUAAUAGAACUUUGAACUGAAAUCAGCAGCUCAAAAGAGUUUUGUGUUUCGAGAAAUAUUUGCUGAAUCAGGGUUGAUAAAGUGUCUUUUGGUAAACUCUUUCAGUCAGUUUCUAAGUGUGUCCCAUCUACACGUGACACGGUAACUUUUAUCAGUUUAGACACACUACCCGUACUCAUUAUGGUUCGAUUAACCAGCACGUGAGCAGUCACAGGCAUGUCGAAAGUUGUUCUUUGAAUGAGAUCACAGCAGUAUAGAUUGGAUUUUACCUAAAUUCGCCUGCCUAUAGGAACACAUUAGAAACUUGCUACGUUGAAAGAGAUUUGUCCAUGUUAUUAAUGCAGUCGAAAUGUAAAGAUAUAGUCUGGGAUGCUCCUAUUACAUGAAAAAGCUUAUUGCCGUUGCAUCCAUAAAUCACUCAAAAUUUGAAUCUUGAAUUUGAAUGACAUAGAAUCACGGUCAGAUAACCCAAAACGUUACUGGUAUUCAGGUCCGAGAUUCUGAUGAGAAUCUUCAUCUAAUUAGAGGAAGUAGCCAUUUAUUCUUUUUUGUCAUAAUCCCUCAAAAAGUAGGAACGUUGCUACGCAGGUCUGCAUGUAAAUAUUUUCGUGUUAUCAAUAUAAUGGUAUUGCAAAUCUUCUUUACAUGUGAGUAGAUCAUCGUCACAUGUCUUUGAAGUUUUUGCGAUUAAACAUGGGAUUAUUGAAUUCUUAGAUAAAUGUAAACGACAUGUUUUUGUUUAGCUUCAACUUCAGUCCUUAAGUUUAUGAUUUUUCAUCGGCCGUGUAAAAAGUUUUGUAUAUAUUGCCCAAUUUCCCAAAUCACUGUCUUCAGAUUUCUUCUGCCGCUUCGUGUGACAAUUUUUUCUCAUCGACUGGACAUUUUAUGAAAUGCUGCACUGUAAUCAACAUUUUCACGAUUUAGUAUAUAUGCAAUAUAUACAAUAAUUAAUACAGUAUGACAAUAUUCUUCAGGGUUUUGCAGAAUUUUGCCUGGUGCCACAUUGCUUUGCACGAGAAAAUAUUCCAAUGCCUAAUCAAGAAAUACAAAAUCUAGAAAAGCAAAGCCAUUCCACGCUGUUUCGCUAGUUCCUGAUCUAUUCACGUAAAUUUUGUUGGCUUGCAAGGCGGCAAUUGAUAGACAAAAAUCGUCAGUAAGACAAACGAAGAUAAAUGCCAGCAAUGUUUAUGUCAGGCAACAGUUGUUUCAAAAUCAACCAUAAAAGAGAAUUGUGAAUUUCUGCAAACGCAGUUCAACCACCCAACCACCUCCUUAUCCAGCUGCAACCUUUAUCCCACGAUCCCUAUUCUUUACUGAUUGUUAUUUUGUUGCUGCAGAAUUGCAUUUUCAAGGUUAUGGGUUGUAAAAUUUACGUCGAGUUUAAUUUCAAUGAGUUGUUGAUUGGAAAUGCUUUGGCGUUAAGAACAGAUGCAAGUCAAUUUUACUGGUGCAGCUGCUGUAUCGUUUGUAGCCCAUUUGAAUAGUCAUAUCGAGCUGACGCUACAAUUUCUUAUUUCAUUCUUAGGCUAAGAUAUCCUGCUGAAUAUUGAGAUUUUUAUGUUUAUUUUUGUGGUACACAACAUAGACUUCUGUUCCAGCAACGUGCUAAAAUAAUUUUGCAAUUAUGCCUUAUCUCUAUGUAAACGCUGUAUAUUGCAGAAAUUUGAAGAAAGCGUAGGUGCCCAAGGUGAUAUCGUCAUCAACUUCAUUAUCGACAAUUUCUUGAUGCAUGAAAAUUAUCAUAUCUUUAGCAAAGUUAAAGCGCUUGAAUGCACUGUCGAAGGUUGCACCUUGGAAUGCAGAUGCGUCAAAUGAUCUGGGCACUCCCCUCCAGUCCACGAAGAAGUCAAUUAAAACCCUGAUUGAAAAAUUGGGGAGGCUAAUGCCAGUGAAGAAGGGCAUCGGCAACUCUACCUAAACAUUCUGUGGACUCACAGGACGACUGCUCUCUCUAUAGGCACUUCCUGUACACAUGGCUUAGUAUGAGGGAUCAAAAUUUACCUUAUCUCAGUUUUUUGUCCUUCGCUAAAAGCCAUUGACAAGUAAUUUCCAGAAGUCUACACCUCCCUAUAACGGGCGGCGAGAUAGGUUGAAAUGAAUAUAAGUCAUGUGUCCACUUUGUUGAGUUUAUAGCUGACGGUAAAUCAGAUGUCCGCUAUAACGUGGUUAUAAUUGGCUGUGCCCGGUAUAUUCGGUCUAUUAAGGCUGCGAGUGGUGUAUCACUGUAUAAUGUAAUUUCAGACCAAAGCAAUUAAAGAGUCUUCAAAGCCCUAAGAGACAGCAACGAUAGCAUUGCAGUAGUACUAGACCUGUAUGAUUUUGACUAACAAUACACUCAUGCUUUUAAGGAACUUUGCUAAAAGCAGUGACUGUGGCAGUUCUGAAUGUGUCGUUUAAAAAAAGCUCCUAUAGAUUGUGAAAAAUUGUUUUGUAAUGGUUGUUGCAAAGACUUACGCCUAAGAAGAGCGUCGAUAUAAAACAAGUUUCUGCAUCCAAUCAUUGGCAAGAGAAAAUGCUCUGGUCGAGAAGACCUGCAAAGAUCAGAACUAUUUGUCUAUUUUUCUAUAGUUACUGGUUAAGCAGAUUUGAGCCUUCCUUGCUUUCUGCGUGUCGAUUACGUUUCUGGGAAUUA